GUUGGACGACAAGUCCCACAUGGUGUGUGCCUCCAGCGAGGGCCAGAUUUGGGUCUACAACUGGCGCGAAGACCACGUGGUGAGCCAACUCCGGAGUUCUUCCGUAACUCUCUCGGAUGAAGAUGGCAACCCCGAGGUGUGCAAAGUUCGUCGCCUGCAGCCACUGACACAGGACAACCGACUGGUGGGAAGUGCCGACGAGCGUGGAAUGGUCGGUAUCUGGGACCUUUUCGGCUCUUCUUUGAUCGCGGAGUCCCGCUUCCACGAGAAAGCGUGCACCGGGAUCAAGCCAGACUUGUUCAGGCAGUGCUUCGUCACAACUGGAGAGGAUUCUGCCAUCAUCCUCUUCGACCUCGCGCAGGAGCAGGUGCGAGAGCGUGCCCUUCCACCACCACGCAGUUGCGGCAACGGAGUGCCGAAUACCUGCCUCGGCCUGGGUGGAGAGAGGUUUCCGAACAUGCUCCUUGCAGGAGGAGCUGAUGGCAAGCUCCGGAUCUGGGAUCAGUCGAGCACCCUCACGCGCGUGGCGACGAUUAAGAUCGGCAGCGUAACGCCCACGCAGUGCUUAGUUGCCCCCUGUGGCUGGCAAGUGGUUCUGACGGCAUCGCUGGGGGACUCGUCCUACAGUGGCAGCAAGCCGGACCGGGGUGGCUUGUAUGUGUAUGACCUGAGGAUGCUGGCCGACAACCCAGACUCAAAGUACGGCACGCUGCUGACAAAGUUUCCAAGCGGCGUGGCAGACGCGAACGACCUGGCGGCGAGCUGUGGUGCCUCGUCCAUGCGCUCUUCCAUGAAGUCCUCGAAGUCUAAAGGCUCUCAGUUGACGGCGUCGCGCGGCGGUUCCUCAAGGAUGGCUUUCGGAACAGGCGUGGGUGGUAUGGACUUCGCGAUGGUCCAGGAGGGUGACAACACCCUGGCGGUUUGCUUGAUGGACAACGUAGUCAAGUCGUUCAACCUGGGCGAGGGCAUCGAAGUACCCAUGGACGACAAAAGGAAAACAGUCCGGAGCGUCCCAGAAUGGGAGUACGAUGCCUCGGCCAUCGAGCACGACUACGUCACUGCCAGCGUGCUCUCCGCCAUCGAUCGCUAUGUUUUCGUUGGGACUUCUGCCCCCACGAUGCAGAUCUGGCGCAGGCCCUGGAUCACCCGACGGGGCCACAGCGACUACGUCCCUCCGAAAGCGGCUCCCUUGGAGCUGCGCUCUCGAUGCUUGCCCCUCGCAGUCAACGCCCAUGAUAUGCCUACGGAGGUACUUGUGGCAGAUCCCACGCUGCGUCCUGGCGUCGCAUUGUCGAGCGUGGAGGGCGCUUUAGAGGACGACAG